AUGAGCGCGGAUCUAGAGCCGGUUUCGCUCUGCACGGCUCGCCUCGGCUCCGGUGGGGAUGGUGGUGGUGGUGACGAUGGGGGACCGGCCGGACGCGCGCUCUCGGCCAAUGUGCGCCGUCUCCACAACUCGCUGAACGUGCUGCUGGAUGAGGUGGAGCGAGAGCAGUUCAUCCACUGUCUCAACGUGUACCACGCCAAACGGAACGUGUACGACCUGGUGCAGACGCUCAGGGUGAUCCUCAGCACGGGAGCCAAAAGACAGCUGCUCCCCAUGCUCCGACUGGUCAUCCCGCGCUCUGACCAGCUGCUGUUUGACCAGUACACGUCCGAAGGGCUGUAUCUCAAACCGGAGUUACUGGCCGUUAACGGGACAGCGGAGGGGUGCGAGGAGGGGGAUGAUCUGGCGCUGCAGAGGUAUGUGGCGUGUAUCCAGGAGCAGAGCAGCGGCUGCGGCGGCGGGCUCAGCUUCUGGGACUGGCCGUGUUUGGGAGAGGUGCGGAAGGUGACCCUGACUCGGGCGCGCAGCCUGGAGGGUCUGGGCUUCAGCAUCAGGGGCGGGGCAGAGCACGGCGUGGGCAUCUACGUGUCUCUGGUGGAACCAGAGUCCUUCGCUGAGAGGGAGGGGCUGCGGGUCGGCGACCAGAUAGUGACCGUCAACAAUAUGAUGUUUGAUGGAGUGACGCACAACGAGGCUGUCAAGCCAGACGAUGAGUGGAAGGAGGUGGGUUGGAGUUUGAUUGACAGUGUGCAUUACGGACCCUUGUUGGAGGCUGGUGACUGUCUCAUCUCUUUGUGGCGGCUGUCUUUGUGCAGGAGACACAUCAGUGACACCGAGCCCCUGUCCGCUCGUCUUGUCAAGGUUAACAGGAUUUGUGAGUUUGGAGCUGCCGCCUUCACUCAGGCUGGACCCACUCUGAGGCAUGACGACUCAGAGUGA